UGGAGUCAGCCAAACCACACCACCACGACUAUGACGGACGUUCGAGUGGUGCAGACCGACAGCGACACGAGCUUGUCGCACAUCCUGGAACAGACACCAGUCUCCCCUUCCACGGUGCUGCAAGUUCAGGAAGGGUCAGACACGGUGACGAUUCCGGCGUCGUUCGCACGCGCGGCAUCCCCACCACCGUCAACGCGCCGGCGCAUGCAACGCGAUGAAUCCUCCACGAGAAGAACACCAACCUCCUCCGCAGCAGACGUUGUGGAAAUCAGGAGCCCACCCAUGUCGCCGAGCAUGUCGCGGCGGUCGUCGGCGCGCCGCAGCAGCAGCCCGGCCGCCGCCCGCCGCCGCUCAAGCUCGUUCACCUCGGAAACAAACCGGCGCGGACGGUCACGCGUCAACGUGCACGGCACAGUAACCCCUACCUCCAGGCCGGGCCUCUCGUCAAGCAGGUCGCUUGACCAGGACCAGCGCCGAGAUGGCACACAUCGCGGCCAUCAUGGUCUCAGCAUUAACAACGACGACGACGACGACGACGAUGACAAUGAUGAUACAACUCUUGUUGGCGAUGAUGGAACUGUAACCCCCACAUCGCCUGGUUCCCCAUCCGGCAACUGGCAGGAUGACAGUGACAGCGCCACACAGCAACACCAACAACGGCAACGCACACAGCAUACACGCAGCGGCACAGUAGCACUGCCCACAGCAGUAUCUGGCCUGCCGCAAGCGGCACCUGACAAGGCCGAUGGUGCCGGGGUGGGCAGUGAUGGUACCGGUGAUGGAGCUGAGCAGACCAAGAAGGUUGAGGAAGAGGAGCGAAGGAAACGCGAGCGCGAGGUGUCCAUAGUCGUCGGCGGCAGGCGCUUCGUCGUGGACCCGCUCAUCUUCAACCGCCAUCCCGACACGAUGCUGAGCCGCAUGUUCUCCAGCUCGCUCGAGCGCAGCCGUGUCAACGAGCGUGGCGAUUACGUCAUCGACUGCCCCGUCUCGGCGGACGCGUUUUCCGCCAUCAUCAAGUAUUACCGGACAGGCAAGGUGGAGUGCCCGGCCACCACGCCUGUCUCGGAGCUGCACGAGGCAUGCAACUUCUUCCUCAUCCCCUUCAACCACACGUCCAUUGACUGCGACAACGUGGGCAAGCUGCUGCACGAGCUUUCAAACAAGGGUGCCAUCCGCCAGUUCGAGGCCUUUCUCAAGCACAGCCUCCUCCCGGCAAUGGCAAAGUGUGCUGAGAUUGGCGACCGAAAGUGCCACAUUGUCGUUCUCCGCAGCGAGCAGACGGUGGAGUGGGACGAAGACCUGCCACCGAGCCUCGGCGAGCAGCUUGCAAAAGUUGUGUACGACACUGCGCUGAACCGGUUUCUGUUCUCGUACGAGAAUCGCAACAUUGCGCGGCAGCUGCUGAAGGACAAAGGCCUGAAGAAGAUCAAGCUUGGCAUCGAGGGAUUCCCCACAUUCGUUGAACGCACGCGCAUCGGAUCAAAUGACGAGAAGCUCGAGGUUGAGUAUUUCUAUGACCAGAGCCCCUUCAUCAAGGCGUCGUGGGAGAAGGAGGAGCACAAGUCGCGCCACGUCGACUUCCAAUACGUCCGCACAAACACAUCCGCCAACGUCCUCUCGACCAUCAUGACCUCGUGACGCGAGACUGUGGACAAGUUUGUUGUAGACAUGCAUGAUUGCACAUGAUUUUGGUGUCGCAUGUGAUCGAAGCCAACGCACAUGCAUCAUCCCUUCCUCAGGUGUUCCUUUCCCCCGCUUUCUUGCUCCUACACACGUAGUCAAAGGCCCCCUUGUAUACUUUCUCAGAGACUGGUUUGUGUUAUCUGUUAUGUGAUCCCUAACAUUAAGUCAGGCAGCCAUCAGCUGCGUGCUGCAUAGCGUCCCGUUUGCUUGGCUGCACUUACAUGCAUAUGCAUUGUGUGUGUGUGUGCAUGUAACGUAUGCUCGUGUACACGUGUGUAUGCAUGUGCAUGCGGCUGAGUGCAUGUGACAAGCAUCUUAUUUCGUGGGUAGUCCUUUCUGUUAUGCAUGUAAACGACAUACUGGCACA